CAAGAAUUCCCUCUCCACUCUCCCAAAUUUCGACGAGAUGGCAAGUGACGACCCAACCGCUCGACGUCGGCGAAUCGCCGAGAAAGGAUCUGACCGUUUGGCUAUGAUCACCGGUGGUCGUACACCAAACCUACAUUCUCCCCCAUCCGAUACGUCUACGAAUCAACCCCAUGACUCUCACAUAGAAUCAUGCCCACCCUCCCUUACCCGCCAAGCCGACCAACUCUUUUCCUCUGAUGAAAACCAAGAUCUUCCAUCGAAGCCAAAAACUCAAUCCAACUCGUCUAAACAAUCAUCUCCAAGAAACCAUCCAAAAUCGGACCUAGAAAUCUAUCUCCAUAAAACCGUGAGCCCUAGUCAGUUACGUCCGGCCAUUUUAGUGACCCAAGACAUACGUCGCAAAUGUUCGUUUUUUGUGGGGAUUAUCGCCCUUCUUUCAUAUAUCGGAUUCCCAAUUCUUGGCAGCUAUGUCAUAAAGAGCAUUAUACUUUCAAGGCCACUUCUUUUGCUUUUGGUGUUCAAUGUGGUAAUAACAAUUGGACCGCUUAUUAUGGAUGCUAUGAGAAUGAUCCAACAUGAAUCAAGAGUUGGAUAUUCAUCUGGUGAAAGUGAGAUUGGUGAGCAUUUGGGUACGCCUUUUGAGUGGGGGAUGUUGUUUAAAACUGGUUUUUGUGCUCUUUUCAUGGAUUCUUGCAUUUAUUCGGUGGUGGUUGUUUGUGGCACAUCUAUUUUUCAAAAGUGUGGGUUAUAAAGAACCUUUUUUGCAUCAAAAAAACCAUGUGUUUUUUUCGUUGAGUUUUGGUUGGUGUUUAUUUCGUAAUGAAAAAACCUUGAGUUUGGG